UCAUUCUGAAGCAGAAGACUUUGCAGCGACAGGAUCCAGCAGCAGCAGCAGGCAAAAGUUCAUGAUGGGCACCUGGCAAAUGUCUUCUUCACUGAGUCUGCUUGUUAUGGUCAUGCUAUUUGGGGUUUUUGUCCAGAGUCAGCCUAAAGUCACACGAAACCCAUGUCCCUCCAACAUGAUUUAUGGUUGUGUACGUACGUGUUACGGUAACUGUGACAGUCUGAACAGCACGAUUGACGUCUGCAAUAAAAUGUGCAAGAUAGGGUGCGACUGCAAAGAGGGCUUUGUCUUCAAAGGAUCCAAUGAUUCCAAGACCUGUGUCCGUGUAUCUGCCUGUAAAGUCUCCUGCCCUAAACUCAUGAAAUUUAUACCCUGCUAUAAAGAGCUGCGCAAGACCUGUAAUACCAUGAACAAACCAUCAGUGCAUUUAAAUACCUGCACGCCCCGCUGUGUCUGCAAUAAAGGCUACAUUCUCUCCAAUGAACGCAUUCCACGUUGCAUCAAAAUUAGUGAAUGCCCUAAAAAGCCUGUUAAUUAAUAUAUCACUAUCAACUCCUUUCCUGCAAAGCAUAAAAUACAUAUGGUGUGUGUAAUUUGGUGCCAAUUAAUUCAAAAAUACAGAUGAUCUAUUGCUUGAA